GAUACCUUCAUACCUUCCUUAAAGUCGACUCGACUCAACUGUCACUCGCGCUUUAGACACAAUUUGAAGAGGAUUCGCGUAUCAAGACAGCGUCUUACCGAGCCUGUACAGAGGAAUAUGACUGUGAGGCUAUGAAACACAAGGGCCAUGGCGGCUCUGGUUCAUAAACCCGCCUCUUCUAAGCUGCUCGGAGUCGGUUUGUUGUUGUUUGUACUGUCGGCUCGGAGCACUGGAAAACCGCUGGAGAAAUGUACGGACAGCACGCCAAGACCUCCCGUGGUCCUCAUACCUGGUGACCUGGGGAACCAGUUAGAGGCUAAACUGAACAAAACCACUGUGGUUCAUUAUGUGUGCUAUAAGAAGACUGACUUCUUCACUCUGUGGCUCAACCUGGAGCAGCUCGUGCCUGUGAUCAUCGACUGUUGGAUCGACAACAUUAGGCUUAUCUACAAUAGUACCACUCACACCAGCUCGUCCCCACCAGGAGUUGAGAUUCGUGUCCCUGGCUUUGGGCAAACAUACUCCUUAGAGUAUCUAGACCCUAGCAAACAUAGUGUUGGCAUGUAUUUUUUUAAUAUUGUGCAGCAGCUUGUGGACUGGGGUUACACCAGAGACAAUGACAUCAGAGGAGCACCUUAUGACUGGAGGAGAGCUCCAAAUGAGAAUAAAGACUAUUUUCUGCAUCUGCAGAAGAUGAUUGAAGAGAUGGCAGAGAAGGCUUGUGAGCCAGUUGUUCUCAUAGCUCACAGUAUGGGCAACAUGUACACACUGUACUUUCUUAACCAGCAGCCACAGGCGUGGAAAGACAAGUACAUCAAGGCCUUUAUUUCUCUGGGAGCCCCGUGGGCUGGAGUGGCCAAGACCCUGCGUGUGGUCACAUCUGGUGAUAACAAUCGUAUCCCAGUUAUCAGCCCACUUAAAAUUAGAGUCCAACAGCGCACAGCUGUGUCCACGUCGUGGCUCCUCCCAUACGCUGGAGCGUGGCCCAAAGACAAGGUAUUCGUCCAGACGCCAAACUUCAACUACACGGUUAUGGACUACCAGCGCUUUUUCAAGGAUAUCGGCUUUGAGGAUGGUUGGCUUAUGCGUCAGGACACAGAAUCACUGGUCUCUGACUUGACUCCUCCUGGUGUAGAGACUCAUUGUCUAUAUGGCUCAGGUGUAAAAACCCCAGAGACUUUCCAGUAUUCAAAUAAGUUUCCUGAUGUGGAGCCUACUGUAGUGAUGGGGGAUGGUGAUGGAACUGUGAACCUGAUUAGUGCUCUGCAGUGCAGAAAAUGGGUGGGAAAACAGAAACAUAAUGUUACUUUAAAAGAACUUCCCUCCAACGAACAUGUAGCCAUGCUAGCAAACAUCACAACUGUGGAUUAUAUUAAGAAAGUGCUGUUCUCACCCUGAACUUUAUCCUCAAACUGAACUUUAUCCUCAAAAUGACAGUUAAAAUAUGACUUAACUUUUACAGACCCAUAAUAUAAUCAGUAUGUGGAGUCCUGUGGAAUCAGGAUUUUAAUUAAUUUUAUUAUUUCUCAAUUUUGACUAAUGUCGGUGUCAAAUUGUUUACUCAACUUUUUUAUUUUUAUUUGUAAACGUAGUUGAGAGACAAUACCUAUCUGUGAUCAGAUCUUUUACCACUAUGACAUUUUCCCAUUUCAAGAGUCAGGCCCUGUGUACAAGUGCCACAUUUAUAUACUGUUAAUGUGUUACAACAAACAAUAUAUUUGUAAGUGUUUUAUAAAGAUUGAUUUUGUACAAUUCACCAAGCCAGUUUUACACAGUGCUUUACUGUUGUAGUGUUGGAAAUUGGUGUAGUCAGCGAACGUAUAUUUUAUAUUUCCAAGGCCGCAUUAUUAACAGAAAAAUUAUAAUUUAGUUUUGCAUUUGAUGGGAACAAUAAGCAAUUGAUAUACUAAAACUGUAUUACUUAUUAGACUGAGAUAAAACAUGAAACCUAAAAUCUACUAGACACUAGACAGUGGGGAUGAGAGACAUAUUUAUAUACAUAAGCUCACCUUUAUUUAAACCCUGCCUUUGUAAUUAUUUAAGAUAAGGAUUUCGUUAUUUAAGAUAAGAAUUUCAGCCUGAUAAAUCACUGUAAAUGCCUGUUCGUUUUUAAAGUGUGGAAGGAAUACAGUGCCUAAGCAGAAAAUUGUUUUGAAUGUAUACUGCAUAUUGUUGAAAUGACUAUUCUGACAUUAUACUUUUUUUUUUUUUUCUGGUGACGUACCAGUAUUCAUGUGGCAAACUCAACUACCUUCAUAAUUUACAGUGAACUGUGAUGUUUGUUUUGAGUAAAUUUUCUGCAUUUA